UUGCAUUUGAUUGUGAAGUACUCACAUGAGUGCAGCUUCCACAAGGAGUUUUACACAGAGUUGAAGAAAUAAGUUCGCUGCUGUGAAGUGGAGCUACAUGAAUAACAGGUCUGGCGAGACUACGUUGGAAGCAUUUGGAAGAUAGAGUUCUGGAUGUGAGAUGACAGAAAUUAAUCACCUUCCGGAAGAUGCUCUACUGGAGAUCCUGUCUCUGGUUCCUGCACGUGACUUGAUCCUUCGCUGCAGUCGUGUCUGUGCCUACUGGAAAGAAAUAAUAGACUCUCCAACACUCUGGAUAAUCAAAUGUCAGCGUGCGGGAUAUAUCUCAAAAGCCUGCAAAAAAAGUCCCAGUGACUGGAAAAAGUUUUAUUACAUCUGCAGUGUGAAAAGAAAUUUAUUACGAAACCCAUGUGCAAUGGAGGGAAUGAAUUGCUGGACUAUAGAGAGAAACGGAGGUGAUCGUUGGAAGAUAGAGGAUUUACCUGGAGAACACGGGCAACACUUACCUGAUGAGAAAGUUACACAAUACUUUGUAACAUCUUAUGGGAUGUGCAAGAAAUCACAGCUUAUCGCGUUAAAAAAAGCAGGAUAUGGAAACCGCUUCAUGGAUGCGAUUCAGCCGGCUAUAACUGUGAAGGACUGGUUUGCGCCCAGAAGGGACUGUGGAUCUAUGUACAAAUUGUGCGUUAGGCUUCUUUCCAAAAAAAAGCAAACCAUACAAGAAUUCCUUCCUGAACCAGUAAUGAUGGAGCAGUGGAGCGACGCAAAGUGGCAAACGAUGACGCAUACGUUUCGCGACUAUGGCCCUGGAGUGAGAUACAUAUAUUUUCAACAUGGUGGACAAGACACACAGUUCUGGGCUGGAUGGUACGGAGUGAGAGUAACAAACAGCAGUGUUACUAUAGAGCCUGAGGAUUUAAGUGAAUGAAACAUUGUUGUUUGCAUGAAAGUGUAUAAAUACCGACCUCAAAGGCUACUUCAUCAGAAAAUCAUAAGAUAGAAGCUUAGAAAUUAAUGUGUAAAUGCUUUAAUGAUAAGAUGCAGAUAUAUAACAUAAAUAUAUACAAUAAAUUACAAAUAUUUUAAAGUU